UGCUUCCUUGUUGUUCUUUUCAUCAAGGCCCAGCACAGACAGUAGCCUCCAUGCUGGCCGUAACGGGAACCCACUACAGUCGAUCUCCAUGAGGAACAGCCACGUCCGCCAUCCUUUGUCCCUGCACUCCGGGACUAACAGUGUCAAAGCCAGGAUUACUGGGGAAGUGGCCCGCCUCCCAGCAGGUUUUUCCGAGAGUGGGUGGAACCUUCAACACCCAUUGCCCCAAUGGUACCUGUAGUAAUGGAGGGACUGCAGGACACACCAGAGCCGGGGGUGUGGGGCUUGUGUGACACGGUAUUCUGACCCUUUGACGUGGCCCAAUUGAGUGCUGGAGUGGUGAAUGAGAUGAUUCUCGGAAACUUUCCCAGUGCAUCCAGCAGACAGGAUAACUCACGGUUUAUAUGAAACGGAGGAAGGGAAGCUAACCCUUCUCUGUCUAACUUUAGCUUUCCCUUCAGCCCUGCCGGAGGAACAGGCACCCUCCCAGGGGACAUGGGGUGAUGUUCAGAAGGCACCAUUAGAAGCUGCUGGACUAAUAGAGGUGACAGUGAGGUUUUGCAUAACUGCAGCCGGUGGAAAGAACAGAAAAGAUGUUCAAGACUUUUGACAUCUUGGUUAGAGUCCCCCAAACACAAACUAAUCCAAGAGUUCAUACUCUCGAGGAGAAUGAUAACAGUAGGUGAUUCAAUACAAUUUGACAAGCUACAAUGACAUAAUUUACUUCAGUAUUAUGUUUCUCAAAUGGCUCCAUUGAAGUACAUAUUUAGAGUGGGAGAAUAUUGAAUUGAUAAGAAACCACUGAAGGUUCAGUCACCUUUGUUGGGACAAACUAAUUCACAUAAACAGUCCACACAUUGCACUAGUUAAUUAUUCAAUCGCAAUCUGUCACCACGGGGAUUGCAUCUGCCUGACGUAAUUGGUUUGUAAAUAAUUUUAAAACAGCUAUUUUUAAAUCUGUUAUAAUGUGUCCCUGUGGAGUCGCUAAAUGGUAUUAAAAACCGCAGGCAUGGGCUGCCUUUACAUUUCAUUCCAAGAGAUCGCCUGUAGGACAGUGCGGACAGGUCACUGGACAGAGAAAAUGCCUGCAUUGUUGGAUAGGUACUGUAGUGUGGAGAAAAUAUUGUACGUGUUCAUCGCCGUCAUUGGAGUUCCUGGUGAGUGAGCAGAGCAAUUCAUGUUUGGUAUUUCUGUGUGUUAACCAUGUGAAUCUGACAAGCUUCUAACUUGAUGAUCAUUGUAGAAAUAUCCGUUAGAGAUUUUGAUCCUGUCAGUUCAACACUCUGACUUUUCAUAUUUAAGGACAAGCGGAACUAAACUCCUGUCUCUCAUCAAACUCACGGGAUCGACUCGAACGUUGUUCUUACCUUCAAUGACACCUUGUCCGGAGUUGUCCCAGUGUGGGGUCAGGCAGCUCUCCCGCAAGCUGUGACUGGGAUGGGUUUACAUUGUAAAGUUCACUGUUUCUGAGUUAUUGAUCAGAGAGAACCCCUGGUCCUGUGUUUCAUAUCUCCCUGUGGAGUCUGUCACAGUCGGAUCCCACUGCCUGUCGGUCAAUAAUUGGGUCUGAUCAUCUGAACCAGUGCCAACGGAUCUGCUGACGAGAGUUAUCGAAUUGAACUGCGCUGUGGAAUUAAUCCAUUAACGGAGCCGCUCAGCCUCAGGUUGCUCAGUUGUUCCUGCUUUCCUUCUGAGACGCGUCGUAAAUUUUCACCAGGACACCUCUUCGUCCUGGAGAAAAGUCUCGGCCCAAUACCAAAGUUUGUUCAAUUCCAUGUACAGAAUGCUGCCUGACCUGCUGAGUCCCUCCAGUGUUUUGUGUGUGUUCCUCUCCUCUGCAUGCCUUAUCGGCCCCAUCAUUUACGAGUUUCCAGGGGCCAGGUCAGUCACGAUUAAAUCAGUGAUACCGGCCAGGUCAGGGACAGGAAUCGGGAUCAGCACCGACCUAUGUUGUUCAUGAAGAUCGCUUUUAUCGCCGACGAUUGUCCACACAUUGUCUCAUCUCCACACUGAAGAAGGCAGGUCAGAGACAGUGUGACCAGUGUCCCAGGUUAGGUUAGCAGCCGUGCACUGACUCCACAACGCCUGGUCUUCAGCUGAAACCCGAUCCCUUGAGGAAUGCGUUCAGUAAUGCCCUCUGUCUGUUAUCUCUCUCUCCCUCACUCUCUCUGCUCCCUCGCCCUCCCACCUCCCCUCUCCCUGUCUCCCUCCCCCUCACCCUCCUCUUCUCCCCCUUUCCCACACGCAGUGAAUUUAUUGGCGAUUGUGAUCCUGUCUCGGGGAAAGUGCGGCCUCUCUACCUGCACCACUCGCUACCUGGUGGCCAUGGCAGCGGCGGAUCUACUGACCAUUUUCACCGCGGUCAUUCUGGGGCGAAUCAAAUCCUAUUACUUCAGGUGGAGUUUUCUGAGCAUCACUCCUGUGUGCAGUGUUAUCGAUGUACUGAGCUUCACAGCCACACACUGUUCUGUCUGGUUCACCGUCGCUUUCACCUUUGACCGGUUUGUCGCCAUUUGCUGUCAGAAGCUGAAAACAAAAUAUUGCACCGGGAAAACUGCGGCUGUGGUUCUAACAACAAUCGGCGCACUGUUCUAUCUGGAAAAUGUUCCCCGAUACUUCACACGGCAACCCGGGGUGAUCAUCGACAAUGUACCGUGGUUCUGUGAUCUCAGGGACAAUGUUUUCACUGACCCCGGGUGGAUAGGAUAUGACUGGGUCGAUACGAUUUUAGUUCCAUUCCUCCCUUUCGCUGGGAUCCUGCUGCUCAACGCUCUGACAGUCAGACACAUUUUAGUGGCCAGUCGGGUCCGUAAGGGGCUGAAGGGUCAGAGCAAGGGGGAGAACUGCAGUGACCCGGAGAUGGAGAACAGGAGGAGGUCUGUGAUUUUACUCUUCACCAUCUCCGGCAGCUUCAUCCUCCUGUGGAUGACAACUGUUGUAAAUUUCAUAUAUUAUCAGGUCUCAGGGGAAGGAUUCAGUUUCAAUGAUUCUGAAUGGAUCUUUAUCUACGUCGGGGUUUUGCUGAGUGAUUUCAGCUGCUGCACCAACACGUUUAUUUACGCGGUGACUCAGUCAAAAUUCAGGGAACAGAUAAUUAGGACGGUGAAAUAUUCUGUCCCCUCGGUGCUUCAUUUUAUUAAUAAAGCUGCGUCCUGAGCCCAAGCCGGACGCGACCACAAUUUCUCCAGUCCGGAGGCAAACUUCUCACAUUCACCGCCUGAUCUCGCAGUUGUUAUUCCGGGGCCGACUGUCCGACUGACCAGCAGGUCUGGGACAUUAGGAUAGUGUGUUUCUGGGGAGGGGCAAAGCACUGUCCUGGUCUCGCCAGAUGUCAGUCAACGAACUACUCUGAAAUGCCAGCCAUCCAUUGGUCUGGGAAUAUGUCCAUUUAUCCCUAUUCCCGCCCUCCAACCUCACAGACCGACUUUCCCACAAGACAGCUGGUGUUCUAGUCUGAUGCUGGUAGGAUAAUCAAAUGUCAAGCACACCAGUUUCCGCCUUCCGCUUGAAUGAUUGGCUAACGUGCAUAUAAAUAGGGCGGGUUUUGGAUACAUGGUGGUUGGUACUCCAAAUUAAUGCACGUUCCCGCCACUAACUGGACUGGAAUAUGGU